AUGGCGGGCGCCGUUUUUUCCUCCCAGAGAGGCGCGCCGAAGGGUCUAGCCAGAUUUGCCCGCUUCGAUGUGCCCCUCCUGCGGGCGGCCGAAUAUCGCGGCCACGAGGUCGAUCUUCUGCUGCUUGCAUGGGCCCUGCUGUUAUAUCGCUAUAGUAAUGGAAACCCUGUCGAAUUUACCUGGGGACGGAAUGGCACUGCUGCUGAUUUCACCUUUAACUGUGGUACCUCCAAUUUGAACUGGAGCUUGACCCAGACUAUUGAGAAGGCCUUGGAUGGUUUGCGAUCAUACCGAGAACAGAUUCAUGCCGACAAAUUGGUGGACCUGGAUAAUGCGAUUGUGUUCUUCAAUGAUGAAUGCGCCCCAGCUGAUCUUCCCAGCAAUGCCUGGGUCAGUGACGGCGAUGCGCUUGGUGGUGGGAUGGCAUGGGGAAAUAUUCAACUCCAAGCAACCAUCUCAGAUGGCAGUCUGUGGCUACGACCCUGCUGGCGCGAACCGCUCGGCGCAGAGUAUCUUGCGACACACUAUGCGAACGCCCUGGUAGAAAUCCUCAACACACUCGUCUCCGACCUAUCAAAACCCAUCUCAUCCGUGUUAGAACUGAGCGAGACCGACCGAUCUGAACUUUGGCGCUGGAAUAAGGAUGUGCCUGCCACAGAAGAUGUCUGUGUACAAGACUUAAUAUUCGAACAAGUCGAGAAGCAGCCCACAGCUCAAGCGAUCUGCUCAUGGGAUGGCAAUCUCACCUACGAGGAAAUUGGCCGAUAUGCCACUUUACUUGCCCACCACCUCGUCCGAAUAGGAAUCAAGACUGGCCAGAUUGUCCCCAUCUGCUUCGAAAAGUCGCGCUGGACAAUUGUCGCGGUACUUGGUGUCUUGAGAGCCGGUGGCGCCAUGGUGCUGAUGGAUCCCAGCCAACCUCUUGACAGACGCCACACGAUUGCCGAGCAGGUUGGCGCAACUUUGAUCGUGACAUCUAAGACACAUGCGCCCUUUGCCCCCAAGAUCGCACCGAGUGCCAAGGCGGUGGUCGUCUCCCAGGACACGCUGGACGAGCUGGCAGAACAGGCGACCAAGACUGCCAAACCUGAACUUCCAGUCGUUCCUACCGACUCUAUUCUCUAUUUAAUCUUUACUUCUGGAAGUACAGGCAAACCCAAGGGUGUUAUUAUCAAUCACCGUACCUACACCACAAGCGCGAUUGCGCGAAGUGCCGCUGUGGGCUAUACUGCCAAGUCGCGAGUGCUUGAUUUCGCGUCAUACGCAUUUGAUGUCAGUGUUGAUAGUAUGCUGUGUACGACGCUGCGAGGUGGUUGCCUGUGUAUUCCCUCUGAUGAGGAUCGACUGAACGAUAUCAGCGGCGUGAUUCGCCGGAUGGGAGUGAACAUGUCCAACAUGACCCCAUCGGUCGCACGCAUUCUAGACUCCGAUAUCAUUCCCUCUUUGGAUAGUCUCGGUCUUGGUGGCGAGUCAUGCUCUGUCGGAGACGUGUCUGAAUGGGGUCAAUAUACAAGAAUUGUGAUCGGAUAUGGUCCUUCAGAGUGUACAGUUGGGUGCACAAUCAACCCAAGUGCAGCAGGCAAACCAUAUGUCAGCAUUGGACCUGGCAAUGGAGGUAUCAUUUGGUUGACUGACCCAGAUGACCACAACAAGCUAACUCCAAUUGGUGGUAAGACUGCUGCCGCGUUUAUUGAGGAUCCUACUUGGCUUCUCGCCGGUAGCAAAGAGGUCCCGGGCCGCAAAGGCCGAUUAUAUAAGACAGGUGAUCUAGUCCGUCAUGACCCUGAUGGUGAACAAGGAUUUGUCUUCGUUGGCCGAAAGGACACACAGGUCAAGCUCCGCGGACAGCGCGUUGAGCUUGGCGAAAUUGAACAUCACCUGCGACGACUUCUCCCAUCGGGGACCGAUGUGGUCGCUGAGGUUAUUGCACCGCAGGGCCGGAGCAAGGAGUCAAUGCUUCUUGCCUUCGUUGCAGACCCCAAUGCCGAGAAGCCUCAAAAUGUUAAGGAUAAUGAGCUUCACCAGAUCGAGUUCUCUUCCGCAAUUCGUGAGAAGAUGUCCGAUCUCAGCGAACAGCUGUCCAAAGCUCUCCCGAUCUACAUGGUUCCCUCGACCUAUAUUGGUAUCAAUCGCAUGCCCAUGCUUGUCUCGGGCAAGAUUGAUCGCAAGUUGUUGCGUGCGUUUGGAUCGCAGCUAACUCUGCAAUCUAACUCCGAAUCUUCCGGUGGGAAGAGCCAGAAGCCCACCUCGGAGACAGAGGUCUGCUUACAUGAAAUUUGGUGUCGUCUUCUGGGAUCGAAGGCAGAGGAAGUUAGCACUACUCACAAUUUCUUCAUCCUGGGCGGAGACUCUGUUCUGGCUAUGAAAUUGGUGCCCGCCGUUCGUGAGCAAGGAUUCGUGUUGACUGUGGCGGAUAUCUUCAGCUUCCCUGUUCUAUCAGACAUGGCACGAGCAAUGGAGAAGGAAGAAGCAAACUCGCAGGUCGAAGUUUCUCCGUUUUCCCUCAUUGACUCUGCCUGGGACCGUAAGGCUGCUUGUGAGGAGGCCGCUAGCCAGUGUGGUGUUGAACUCUCUUCGAUCGAAGAUAUAUACCCUUGCACACCUCUGCAAGAAAUUCUCAUGGCAUUCUCUGCCCGCUCCGCUGAGAGCUAUGUCGCGCAACGAAUUGCGGAAAUUCCCAAUAAAGAAACAGCUGAUAAGUUGAAGGAGGCCUGGGAUGUUGUCAUCAAGGACAGCGCGAUCUUGCGCACUCGAGUCGUCGAGUUCAAGGAGCACGGCUUCAUGCAAGUCGUCAUCCAGGAUACUCCAGAGUGGCAGUAUAGCCACCUGAGUCUUGAGGAGUUCCUGGCGGACGACCAAAAGACUCCGAUGUCUGUCAAUAUGCCCCUAAGCCGUGUUUCAAUCGUCCAUGAUGACGCUGCGAGCAAGAUCUAUUUUGUCUGGACAGUUCACCACGCCAUCUACGACGGCUGGUCGACAGACCUGAUGAUCGAGCAUGCAAAGAACGCGUACAAGGGCGUCUCUACUACCCGACCAGCCGAGUUCAAGCACUUCAUUCAGUUCCUUGUCGACCCCGCUAGAGAGAGCUCAAAGGACUACUGGCGUGUUCAGCUCCAAGGCGCAACCGGUCCCCAAUACCCAUCUCUACCAUCGCGCAUGUACAUCCCCGAACCCAAUGCACUGGUUCAGCGAAUUGUUCCUGUGGAGCAGGUCUCCCGCUCUACGAUUACCACCGCGACUCUCAUACGAGCUGCGUGGGCUCUGGUAGCCUCGCAGUACACCAUGAGUGACGACGUGGUAUUUGGCGAGACAUUUUCAGGACGAACACUCCGUCUUCCUGGUGUCGAGCAAAUCGAAGGUCCCAUGAUUGCCACAGUUCCCGUGCGCGUGCGUAUCGACCGAUCCGCACCCGUUCAGGAAUUCCUUCAAGGAAUCCAAGAGCAAGGCCUUGUUAGAGCUGCGCAUGAGCAUCUUGGUAUGCAAAACAUCCGCCGUGUCAGUGGCGAUGCUCAGUUAGCAUGCGAGGUGAAGAUGGGCUUGGUCAUUCAGCCUCGACCAGCGGAGGCCGAAGAGGAAUCCGGUGAUGAGUUGCCUCCUUUCCGUGUUGAAGAUGCGGCUCACGAGGCAUUGCGCUUUAAUUCUUACCCGCUCAUGCUUGCUUGUUCGCUACGCUCGGACGGCUUCGAAGUAACUGCGAGCUUUGAUUCAAACCUUAUCACUGAGUCCCAAAUGCACCGCGUUCUCGCUCAACUUGAAUAUGUCGUCUCGCAGCUCUGCAGUGAUGACACGACUCAGCUGAGUAACAUCACUUGCAUGAGCGAGCAGGAGGUUGCCGAAAUCUGGUUGAACAAUAAGGCUCCAGAAUCCUCGGCGCCAGAUGUCGCUAGUCUACUACUCGAGGAGACGAAGGGACUUACAACAGGCGAUCAGUACAAGACGGCAUUUGUUCCCUGGAUCGUGAACCCUUCCAACCACAACCAACUGAUGCCAAUCGGGACCGUGGGUGAGCUCCUCCUGGAGGGCGUGGGAGAAGCCGCAAACCUCGAUGCCCCCGAGUGGCUUUCCAAGGGAGCGGGCGAUGCUCAAGGCCGCAGCGUGAAGCUCUAUCAAACCGGCGACCUUGUCAAGUAUGCCGAUGACAAGAGCCUGAUUUUCAUGGGUCGUAAGGAGAGUCUCCGCAAGGUUGACGGCCAUAUGAUGGACCUUGCUGCAGUGGACCUCCAACUUCGACAAUGGCUUCCGGAAAAUGCCCACUCGGCCAGUCAGCUUAUUGUGCCCAAGGAAUCGGGCAACCAAUCGCCGGCACUGGUUGCAUUUGUGAGCGAGCCUUCUUCGAAGCAGGGCCAGGUAGUUGACCUUGGGCUCAAGAAUCUCAGCGCACAGCUUCCAGUGUCUAGUGUCAUCUCGUCCGAACUCGCGGAUGCUAUUGUCAGCUUGAAUAAGAAGCUCGCUGAUGUCCUCCCUCCUUAUAUGAUUCCUUCGAUCUACAUUCCUCUCGAGAAGCUGCCAUACCUCGGCGAACAGGUUGAUGUCGAGUCUCUGAAGGCCAUGGCGGAGCAUGUCACUCAAGAUUUGCUGUUACAGCUGCGAACGGCUUUCACUAACCUCCGCUCAGGUCGGGGCAAGCAAAUGACCAUGAAAGAACGAACCCUGCGUGGUCUCUGGGCGAAGUCCCUCGGCAUGGAAGAAGGGAAGCUGGCACUUGAUGAUAACUUCUUCCGACUGGGUGGUGAUUCCAUUAUGGCUAUGAAGCUGGUCUCUGCUCUGCGUCUGGUCGGAUAUCAUCUGUCUGUGACGGAUAUUUUCCGUAACAUGCAAUUGAGUUCCAUGGCCGGCGCUUUAGAAGAGGUGCCUUUGGACGGCGAGCGAGUGAUUAAGGAAUACAAGCCUUUCUCAAUGAUAAACGCCAGUGAUGUUCAAGAGUACUUGUUGAAGAAAAUUAUUCCCGCCCUUGCCGAUCCAGCAUGGGAUAUUGAAGAUGUGCUUCCCGCCACGGAUCCCCAGCAGCGCGAUGUGGAAACGACCGUCUCCAAGCCUCGGAGUGCCAUUCAGUAUAACAUGCUAUACUUCAACAAGGAUGUCGAUAUGACCCGUUUGCUUGAUAGCUUCCAGAAGCUUGUUUCCGCUCACUCCAUUCUGCGCACUGUCUUCGUCAAAGAGGGUAGCCGUGUCCUGCAGGUUGUACUCAAGAACCUCAAGGUACAGACCUCCCAGUCUACAACAGAAGAUCCCCUCUCCGAAUUCUGCAAAAAGCUAGCAAAGGAAGACAUCGAAGACGACUCCUCAUUCAAGCUCGGAACUUCAUCUCUGAAACUCUUCCUCAUCCACGGAACUGAGCAAAACGCACUCAUGAUCCGAAUCUCCCACGCCCAAUAUGACGGAAUUUCUUUCCCAGAAAUCCUCCGCCAACUCGACCUCCAAUACGAAAACAAAGAACUCGACCAACAAUCAACCCCCUUCCACAACUACAUCCAAUACCAAUCCGAAUCCAAGCUCGAAAACGUCCAAUACUGGCGCGAGGUACUACAGGGUUCCUGGUUAACUUCCCUCCCACCCGCAGAACCCACCAGCACACCGCAAUUCAUCAAGAAAGAAGUCGACCUGUCAUCCCGCUCCCCAGAUACAACAAUGGCAACACUCCUCACAGCGGCCUGGGCGCGUGUUUUAUCAACUCAUCUAAACACGAACGAUAUUACCUUCGGAGGCGUUGUUUCCGGCAGAACAGUCGACCUUCCUGACGUUGAUAACAUCAUGGGCCCGACGUACCAGUACAUGCCGUUGCGAGUUAAAUUUGACUCCGAAUCAAGUGUGAAGGAUCUCCUCGCUGGUGUACGUGAUCAAUUCCUUGAAGGAAGUCGGCACGCUACACUAGGCUUCCAAGAGAUUUCGGAUAAUUGUACCAGCUGGUCGCCGACAAUUCCGUUCUUCUCGAGUAUCGUGCAUCAUCAUGAUAUCGAGUACUUCGAUACGAUCCCGUUCGCUGGGGCCGAAUGUGGUGUUGAUUAUACGAAUCCGCAUCCUGAGGCUGCGGAUCCGAUCCGUGUUACUUCUUACACUGAGGGGGGUAAGACGUUUGUUGGUAUUGCGGCUGAUGAGGAGCGCGGGGAGUUUUGGGGGGAGAGGUUGGGUGAGUUGGCUAGUUUUAUUGAGGUGUUGGUUAGGGAUCCUGAGGCAUUGGUUUAG